AGUUUCCUCGUUUGCCAAAAAUUCGUUCGUUUCCUUAUCCUAGCUAAAUGUGUGUAUUCUUUGACAAACAUACGGGCAUUUGUGGGCGGCAACAGGUUGGCUACGCGUGUUGGAGCAGGUGCAAACUUGCAUCGCCUUUGAGAUCACAUUCAUUGAUUGGGUUGCCAACCGCCACAACCCUAAAGAUCACAUAAAUAAUCUGGCUCAAGAGUUAUAAAAGUAUUUUGGUCGUGCGUAUUUGUAUAAUAAAAGGACAGUUUUAAAACUCGAUGUGUUCACUUCUGGCACCUUGAUGGCACUAGCCUAUUUGACGUCUAACACAGGCUAUCGGAGGUGCGUAAUGUUGAGACUCCUAGAUUUGCUUUAACGUUAAUCACUCCUCUGACAUAAUUACCAUUGUCUAUCCAAAAUAGCCUAAGAUGGCUGUUUCGAAGUUGCAGCCUACUGAUGGUCAAAUCGACCACAACUCGUCAGUCAAUCUAAUAACUUUCAGUCCACAAAGCUUCAACUUACGUUUAGCCCGCUAUAGAACGUGGCUGGAGGGCAGAAUGUAAUCGGAUGACCUUAAACCUAGCGAUAAAGCAGUGCAUAUCAACUAUCCAUGGUGAAUUUUAUGCGUGUAUUCCUACAAGUGUAACCUACUGAAGUGAAGUGAGUUGCAUCAGUGAACCAGAGACUCCUACUGAAGUGAGUUGCAUCAGUGAACCUCACCUCAUCACUAGACUUGCCGCACGGUCGUUAGGUGGCAGUAGUCGCCUUUAGCAAUACAUCGGCAAAGUACAAACCACAGAAGAGAAGGUCAAAGAUGUCCUCGAAGCUGUAGUUUACAGACAGAAAACUCGCUGUUAUCUAAGGCGUUGUGUAAUUUGGAAUUUUCACUGUUAUUAAACUGACUUUAAGGGACUGUAUAAGGCAAGUACAGUCCACUCAAAGCUAAGGUGUAGCCUGCGUGUGCGUGUCGACAUGAUUUGAAUUUCCUUGACGUUUGAAAGGGGAGACCACAGUUUGCAUACAAACAAACAUGUUCGCAAAAGCUGUAAUACUACUGCCUGUCAGAAGUUAUCUCAGGACAGCAAAUAUUGUCUCCGUGAGGCGUUUGUAUUGCACUCACCUGAAAUCUUCAAGCGUAAGGGUAUUGUAUGAUGGGGAGUGCCCGGUAUGCGUGAAAGAGAUACAUUUUCUGCAGUUCCUGCAGAAGAAUCGACCAAACAAAGUAGAUUUUGUGGAUAUAUCUCUUCAAGAUUACGAUGGAGCCCACUAUGGUGGGAUCAGCUACGACAAGGCAAUGGAGGAAAUGCAUGUGAUCGAUGAAAAUGAUCAGGUCCACGUAGGCGUGCCGGCCUUCAGUGUGAUGUACACCGCUGUGGGGCUGGGCUGGGUGGGGCGCCUUAUAUCAAGGCCUUACAUCCGGCCCCUGAUGGACAAAGCCUACGCCGUCUUCGCCAAAAACCGCCUCCGCUGGACCGGCCGGGAGGAGUGCACUACGGGACGCUGCGUGAAGAAGAACAAUUGAGGGAGAAAAGAAUGCGAUGCCGAGGAAGAGGAAGUCCAAUCGGUUAUUUUGGGGUGUGAAGAGAGGCCUCCGUCUGAACUGGGCUUUGCCACAUGUGCCAGAGCCUAAACAGCUCAAGACCAAUUUGUUU